GACAAACUCUACAGCGCGAUGAGAAAGAGUGCUAUCGCGAACCACGGAUUGUUGUGAAGAGGACUGCUCUGAGGUGUGUUUCCUGACGAGGCUAUUUGAUUGACCGUGUGUGUGAACUACUGCAGGGGUGGAGACCGGACGGCACACACACCCAAACUCUACCGGCCACACUAACUCCUGUAUCAGACGGCACACACACCUGACAUCUGGUGACCCUUGACCCUUGACGUUGUCAUGGCGACCUCAGCGCCGCCGCCGCUAAUGAAGAAGCACAGUCAGACGGACCUGGUGAGCCGCCUGAAGACCCGCAAGGUGCUCGGGGUGGGGGGCGAGGAUGAUGACGGGGAGGUGCACCGCUCAAAGAUUAGUCAGGUGUUGGGCAAUGAGAGCAAAUAUGCCGUGAGGGAACCCAUUGGACUCAGGGUGUGGAUCUUCCUCUCAGCAGUUCUGUUCACACUCAUUGCCGUCAUGGCCCUGGUGAUUCCUAGCCAGCUAUAUGAGGUGGUGUUUGAACCCAGCACCACCAGCAUUUCCAUCAGACUUUACGGAGGAGCCCUUCUCAGUAUCUCCCUGAUCAUGUGGAAUGGCCUGUACACCGCAGAGAAGGCUGUUAUGCAGUGGACCCUCCUCACUGAAGCCUCCUACUGUGGAGUGCAGUUCCUGGGUAAGGAACCC